CUGCAAACCAGCGGUAUAAACAGAAACAGCUGUUCGAGCUAAGGAAAAAUUUUAUGUAAUUGAAAUGGCCACGAAAACGGAAAAUGCUGACUCAAAAUCGAGCAAUUCAAAGGACACACUAGACGACACGUGGGCAAUUCGCCCCUGUCACCUGUACAAAGAGGAGUACGACGACUGCACGAGCUUCAAGGCCCGCUUCCACCAGUACUUCAUAUAUGGCAAAGACACAGACUGUUCCCAGUGGCUAACUGACUACCGGAACUGCGAGAGAUAUCAGGAGUCCAACGGCAACGAUGUUGCGGCCGGAAGGGCGGUGAUCAAAAGCGAGGAGGAGCGCCGUCGCAUCCGUCUGCGCGCCCAUUUCGCCAACGACACCUGGGAGAAGCGGAAGCAGCCACCUCAGGAUUGGGCCGCACCACUGCCCGACUGGAUGGAGAAACGCAACGAGAACACCUAUCUGGAGCUGAAGCAGAAGGAGCUCUCUGGCCAGGCGGCGCCCCAAGGGGAGGAUCGGUCCCUGUGCGCGAUCAUGUGAAAAUAUAAUGGUAGUUAAGAAAACAAGGUUGUUUAAUUGUCAUUUCGGAACCCCCAGUGCCUUGGCAAUAGUUUUGAAACCAAUAUUAUACCCAAUUCGCAAUGGUCUGGCAGCACUUCAAUCAGCUGUCUUAGUCCCUUUGUGUUUUGGACAGUGCUGCUACCUCUAGCUAAGCAAUUUGUGUUAAAACUAGCUAAAUCAAGCAAAUGUUGCUAGGAUAAUUCAUAAAAUAUAACAAAAAGAUUUGAAUACAACAUCGGAAACACAAAA